AUGGCGCUCAAUCCCAAGUUCGCUGGUCAGAAGCUGGCGGCUCAUGUGUCUCCGUACGCUCUCCACACCAUCGAGAUGUAUCUGGACUAUGUGUGUCCUUUCUCAAAGAAAAUGUUCGACACAGUGUACGACUCGGUAUUCCCAGUCAUCAAAGAGAAGUACGCGGAUAAGGUACAGCUCAUAUUCCGUCAGCAAAUCCAGCCAUGGCAUCCCUCCUCAACGCUAGUGCAUGAAGCUGGUGCUGCCGUGUUAAAGAUCGAUUCGAACAAGUUCUGGCCUUUCAGUAAAGCGCUGUUCGCGGAGCAGGCGGAGUACUUUGAUGUCAAAGUUGUCAAUGAGCCCAGGAACAAGACAUAUGAAAGACUGGCCAAGCUAGCAGGAAGUGUAGGUCUGGACGAGAAGAAAGUGUACAAUCUGCUAGAAGUGCCGGACAAGCCGGAUAGUGAAGGCGGACUAAACAUUGGUAAUGGCGUGACGAACGACAUCAAGCUGAUGGUGAAAGCCAACCGUCUGACAGGCGUACAUGUUACACCUACUGUACUCUUUAACGGUGUUGUCGAGAACAGCAUUUCAAGCAGCUUCAGCAAGGAUGACUGGGAGCAGUGGCUGCAGAAGAACGUGGUUUGA